CUUCUUCUUUCUGGGAAUCGGAGAAGCAGGAAGAGAUGUUCAAGAACACGUUUCAGUCUGGGUUCCUCUCUAUUCUGUACAGUCUAGGAAGUAAGCCUCUUCAGAUAUGGGACAAAGAAGUUGAGGAUGGUCAUGUGAAGCGUUGCCGUGAUGAUGACAUACAAUCCCAUGUGCUUGAAGUAGUUGGUUCAAACAUCCAGUCUACGUACAUUACUUGCCCCGCUGAUCUCUCAGCAACUCUUGGUAUCAAACUUCCCUUUUUGGUAUUGGUAGUGAAGAAUAUGAAGAAGUAUUUCUCAUUCGAGAUUCAGAUUCUUGAUGACAAGAAUGUGCGUAGGCGUUUCCGAGCUUCUAACUUUCAAUCUGUGACUAGAGUGAAGCCAUAUAUAUGCACAAUGCCAUUGAAGAUGGAUGAGGGGUGGAAUCAGAUUCAGCUGAACUUACCUGAUCUUACUAGGAGAGCUUACGGGACUAAUUACGCUGAGACUUUGCGAGUUCAGGCUCAUGCUAACUGCCGUCUCAGGCGGAUAUACUUUGCUGACCGUCUUUACUCAGAUGAAGAGCUUCCUCCGGAGUUCAAGCUCUAUCUUCCAGUGCAGAAAGCAUGAAAUGUUGUUCCUAGUGUUUAUGCCAUUGACAUGGUACCACGCAGGAAACAUACUUCAAACUAUUUCAGAUAGACAUAGAGCAUUUUUACAUUAUGUGAGAGUUUCAGGUUGACUUGCAUCAUCCUGGUCUGUGGCAUUUACCAUACUGUGGAGUAGCUAGUAUCUUAACUUUUGCUUAGUUUUUAUGUAAUGGGAUCAUAUAUGCUUAAGAUUGUCAUAUGUAUGUGGAAUUUCAAUGAUGUGUAAAUUUUAAUUUAUUUUAAUGAGGAGGAACAAUGUU